AUGAGUGCGCCACCGCAGUCGGCCGAGCAGCGAGAGCUUGCCUUGGUCGGCAAGGUUGAGAUGCGGAUAGCUCUCACUGACACAGACACGAAGCUGGAAGCUAUCCUCAAAACAUAUCUGGCUCCAGUCCUGUUGAAGCUGGCAUCAGAACAUCAGAGCGUGCGCACCAAGGUCAUUUCGAUAUGCCAGCAUGUGAACACACGAGUCGCGCCACCUUCGAUACAGCUUCCGGUAGCUGCUCUCAUCAAGCAGUUCAAGGAACAGGACAGCUCGCUGAUACGGCACUUCGACCUUUUGUACAUACAGCAAGGUGUCGUCAGACUUUCGAACGCAGACAAGGCCGAAUUGCUGCCGGUCGUAGUCAGCGGGAUUGCGAAGAGCGGCAGUCAUGGGCACCAAAUCUUCUACCUGUUACUGCGGUUACUGGAAUCAAUCACUUUGCCGCUUCGAGGUAGUAAGGAGGAUCUAGAAAUGAGGACGAAGCUGGAGGUUAGCGAUGACGACGCGAAGUUCCUCUCUGAGUACUUGGGCAAGCUUCUACUGUUCACGCCACAGAAGGCCGCUACCAAGACUUGUCCCGGACUUACUACUGACGACUACAGCUUCUUCAUGCUACACGGCAAAGACGAUGCAUGGACGCCUUCAGCGGGCGGUCUGAAUCUUGCCAGGACCAAGAUACUAGGAGCGAAGCUGCUAGCAAGUGGACUGUUCAGAGAUGAAGAGAGGUUCAUUCCGGCCCUUUACGCAUCAGCCGAUCCGGCAUCACCGAUAAGUGAUGUUGGAGAUGACAUGAUGAAACGCACCUUACCAGUGACAGACCUCGAAGACGAGAUGUUGGUCAAGCGGCUGUUCGAUCUAUACUUUGGCUCGAGUGCCGCGCCCAGAGUCAGUGCACCGCUGCAGUUGAAGAUCUUGAACUUGCUCAACAGAUCGACCAUAAGCACGACUUUUGCGAACAAUAUCAUGAGGCUCGCAGAUGAUGGCGUGAUGCCAUCGUCUGGGCAGAUCGAUGGUGAAGAUACCGUGAUGGGAAACACACCCUACCAGAAGACGGGCACUGGAAGAGAAGCCACCAAGUUGCGAAGUGCCGUCUUUGCCUACAUCAACUUCGUUGCGCGGUUCGGUCCGAAAGAGACGUUGUACUCCAUUGCGGCCAAAGUCGUCAACCGCUUGCGAGACUUCAUAGAGAACCAAGGUUGGCCCAAAGCCGGAACCAGCGAAGAUCUCGUUUCUCGCGGAUAUGCUUACGAAGUCAUUGGCCUUUUGGCGAAAGCUGGACCCAAGGAACUACUCGUUGAAGAUGAACAUGCAUCUUUCGACUUGCUGCGUUGGCUGUUCGAGUCGUUGGCAAAGGACUCUUCCGGGAAUGCUGUGACAGUGAGCAUUGAAGAAACGCUGUCGACCAUCCUUGGAGCCUUUGCAAGGCUGGAACUCAGCCGGUCGGAACAGGGAGCACUGGAAAAUUUACUCGUUGAUCAGAUGACACGAUCUGGAGACCUCGAAGACAAGACACGCUUUCGCAGCACGCGCUACAUUACAGUGCGAUUCGCCAAUCGAUGCUUACCAUUCUCAUCCACGAAGGCUCGCUGGGUCGACGUGCUCGCUAUGGGCGCAUCGUCCGAUCGAGUCGAGGUGCGGGAAGAGGGUGAGCGUGGACUAAGUCCAUAUUGGUACCGUAUGCUGAAUGGCUCGAACGCUGGGACCGAUAUGAAUGUGGACUUUCCGGCUUUUGAAGCGAUUAUCACACAGUUCUUCAUCGUCCAAUCACCGACGACUGGCAGGGACACAACGGCGCUAGCACAACGAUGUCAAAAGGCGUUCGAGUCAUCUUUCACUGCGAUGACUGCGUAUGCGCGACGGGUCCUACUGCAGCACGCGCUGUUGAAGACAGAUAUCCCGGUGAACAUUGACAACGACUGGGAGCGCAGACUGGACGCUUUGGCCGAGUCCGAUGUGCCUGCGCGAUCCGCCAUCAGCAAGUAUGCCACAUCGAUUUAUGCUGAAGCUCCAGCCUCCAUCAACAUCUUGCUGAGCUGUCUCUUCGAGAGCGUGCUUUCCAAGUCUGCGGGCUCUGAGGCUCACUUGGUCGAGUUCCUCGCACUGAGCCCAGAUAGCUUGAUUGCAGAACAUGCAAGUCAUGCCAGCAGACUAAUCCCGGCCCUGAAGUCGACCAACUAUCGAAAACGCAUGAGCGCCGCCCAGGCAUUUGGCAUUUUGGCCUCGAUACCCUCCAGAGACUCGCAAGCCGACGUCUCGGGGCUUCUCGAUGUGGCCAAGAGCUGGACCAGUGCAGUCGGGGCGAGCCUGAGUAGCGUCCACGGUACGUUGGUUGCGCUCGCCUACUUCUUUAGUAGGCAAUCGUACCGCAGUGGGAAGAUACCAGAUUCGGCAACAUAUCAGGACUUUCUCAAAGUAACCUUUGCGAUCUUCGAUGACGCUAGAGACGACCUGUUGCGCGAAGCAUGUUACAUUUCGAUCGGUCAGAUGUGCCUGUUUGGUUGUCUUACGACUUCGUCCAUGGAAACAUACUCGACACCGCGAAAGAUCAUCGGCAGACUGUACGAAAAAGCCAAGGAUGCGAAUGAAGCUGCCAUUGUCUGCUUGGGUGAGGUCUCCAUGAUACUGGAAGAGGAAAGUGACGAUCUCUCUCAUGUAGAAGAGCAGCUACACAAGCUACACGAGAUCCGACAGUCGGAAGUGCACUUCACGGUUGGCGAGGCACUCAGCUAUGUUGCACUUGGUUGGCAGUCCUCUGCACUCGCAACAAAACUUGAUGUUAGCGUGGACACACCGGCAACACUGGGUCAACCACGGUCCAACACCUUGACUAAGCUCCUUGACCGGACGCUCAAGGACUGCGCUAACACUAAGCCUGCCCUUAAGAAAGCUGCAGUCAUGUGGCUUCUCUGCCUUGUGCAAUUCUGUGGUGAACAGCUACAGAGUCGCUUGUCGGAAUGCCAGACUGCCUUUAGGCGCUGCUUGUCCGAUCGCGAUGAACUUGUGCAAGAGACAGCAUCGAGGGGUCUCGGCCUUGUGUACGAGAAAGGCGACAGAAGUCUGAAGGAUGACCUGGUACGGGAGCUUGUGUCCUCUUUCUCCUCUGACAAGCAACAACUAGCUGGAAAUGUAGCCGAGGAUACGCAACUGUUUGAGCCUGGCGCACUACCCACUGGAGACGGCUCUGUCUCGACCUACAAGGACAUUAUGAGUCUGGCUGCCGAAGUCGGCGACUCCAGCUUGGUGUACAAGUUCAUGUCGAUGGCAUCCUCCAACGCGAUCUGGUCAAGUCGAGCUGCCUUCGGCAGGUUCGGACUCAGCAGAGUGCUCUCCGACUCGAGCGUGGAUGGGUACUUGGCCAACAAUCCGAAGCUGUACCCGAAGCUGUAUCGAUAUCGCUUCGAUCCUAAUGGCGGAGUGCAGCGCUCGAUGAACGAGAUCUGGAAUGCUUUGGUGCCUGAUAGCACUGCAACGAUCGACAAGCACUUUGACGCCAUCAUGGAAGAUCUGCUCACAAGCAUUCUUGGUAAGGAGUGGCGUGUCCGUCAAGCAUGCUGUGCCGCAAUCGCAGAUCUCGUACAGGGCAGAUCGCUUGAAAAGUACGAAGGCUAUCUGGAGCAAAUCUGGACACAAUGCUUCAAGGUUCUGGACGACAUCAAGGAAUCAGUUCGCGCGGCGGCUGCCUCACUGGCCCGAACUCUUACCGGAGUUCUGACCAGAGCACUGGAGGCUGAUCACAGCUCUACGAAGAAUGCAUCUGCUAUGCUCAAGCAUGUCUUACCAUUCCUGCUGUCUCCGUCCGGAAUGGAGUCAAGCGCCAAAGAGGUGCAGGCUUUUUCGGUGCAUACCCUCCUAGAAAUCAUCAAGAAAGCCAAUGGUGCCACGUUGCGACCUUUCAUACCUGAACUGAUCGAGAGACUGAUUGGUCUGCUAAGUUCAUUGGAGCCGGAAGCUGUCAAUUAUAUCCACCUCAACGCUUCAAAGUACAAUCUGACGGAGCAGAAGAUCGACGACAUGAGACUUUCGAGCGUCCGCAGCAGUCCACUCAUGGAAGCCAUCGAACGUUGUCUGGACCUUCUCGAUGAAGACGCCAUGAAGGCACUCUGGCCAAAGCUCGAGUCCGCAAUGAAGAGCGCCGUCGGUUUGCCCUCGAAAGUGGGUGCGAGUCGUGUGCUCGUCUCACUCAGCACGAGACGCAUGGUCCUCUUCAAAACUUACGCAGACGACGCCUUGAAACUCAUUGAAAAGCUCGUAGUCGACCGCAACGAGACUGUCGCAAGCUCUUACGCGAUCGCCGCUGGCUACGUCGCUCGUGGCGCCUCCGACAAGCAGAUUGUUCGUCUGGUUGCUUUCACGAAGAAGCUCUACUUCGAGUCGGAGGGUGAUCGUGAGGGGACUGUUCCACGGAGGAGUAUCACGUCCGGCGAGAUCCUGCAUGCGUUUGCUAAGUAUGCGAGUGAUAGGUUCAGUGAGUUUGCGACUUCUACUAUGCCGUUUGUGUUUGUUGGUAAGCACGAUUCGCAUGAACAGGUCAAGGAGCAGUUUCAGGAGACGUGGAAUGAGGCUGUGGGUGGGUCGAGGGCGGUGCUACUCUACCUGAAUGAGAUCUUGGAGCUUUGUGUGGCUCAUUUGGAAUCUCCGCAAUGGACAUUGAAGCAUACUGCCGCCCGAUCAAUUGCAGAUGCAACCCUUGCGGCCUCAGGAAGUGAGACUCAGCUAUCGGCAGCCACGGCUGGUAAAUUGUGGCCCGCGAUCGAGAAAGCUCUGGGCGGUAAGACUUGGGACGGCAAGGAAGAUGUGCUGUGGGCCUUUGUCAAGUUCGUGGAGGUCGCCACGGCAUUUUACGCAGAGCACGACAAUAUUCGCUCGGCUAUCGUGAAGAUUGCUUUGCGGGAAGCGAAGCGUCAGAAUGCUGGAUACAGGACACAUUCGGUCAAGGCAUUGGGCCGCAUUGCGAAAGCACGAGCCGACAUCGACAUGCAUGAUGGUGUCUUCGAAGUCGUUGAGCCUUUACUGACGCCUGAUUCCAAUGAAGACAAGAUGGACAUGGACAGUGGCAAAGACCAACUUCGAAAGGCGGACGAACUGAAGGACUCCACCAACGCAGGAGCGAUCGAAGCCGUUCUCGCUUCGGUCAAUCCCAGCGUCUCAAGAGGCGAUGUGCUGACCCGACAACUCGGAAGCGCGAUACACGUGGUCGCCACCAGCAAGCCCCAGACACAAGCUGCACUCCGCAGUACGUAUCAGGGAAUCGCAGACAUGUUCAACAGGACACAGAAGCAGGAACGACAGGUCGCACUCAAUGCCAAGGCGAUGCAAGACCUCAAAUCGUUGUUGUUCGGAUCAGUCAUUGGCAUCGAGGCGAUACGCUUGACCAGGGCUGAGGCCGUAGUCGCCGCAGCAAAGAUGUCAUCGUCGCUGGCGAAGGAGUUCGAUGGUGAAGUUCGUGCGCUUAUCGAGGCUGAAGUGGCUUCCAGCGUUCGAGACCGUCUCGCUGCAGCACAACUAGCGCGAUGA